AUGACAAGAAUAAACAGCACCGGGGACUACAGCAGAGUCAGCCACAACACUGCAAGCUCCUCCACCACCAGCAGCUCCAUCACCAUCACAGAUAACGCUACAUCACAUCCACCGCAGCCUGCCAUUCUACAGGUUUCAACACCUACAGUCCCAGUGAGGUUGUGGGUCCCCAGACAGAGGAGGUGCGGUCAGUCAAUCAGGGGGAGUUUCUCCCACUCUCGCUCCCUCUUCCUGCACCCAGCUCAGCAUGCCCCAGCCCCUGAGCUCCUCCACAGCUCUCCCAGCUCCACUACCAUGUGUAGAUGGACAGUGACACAAGGUGCACCGGUCGCCUGGUUCUCCACCUGCCCCUGCUACAGACCUCCUUCACUCAUCUUAUCCCUCGUCUUCCUCCUCUUGCUUCUCCUGCUCGGACCCACCUUGUCUUCGCCGCUGUCAUCGCCAGACUCUGAAAGGAGCCACAAUGCACCACGUGGGACUCCUCCUCAUGUCUUCAUCUCAUACCCGCCACCUUCCGCAUCACCCACACCGCUGCACGCAUCCUCUGCGAGGUUGCCACGGGCGACCAACAUGUCAUCGUCCUCCGCGACAGUCGUUGGGCGCCACGUGCGGAGCAGCUACAACCAUCUGCAAGGGGAUGUGCGCAGGAGGAAACUGUUCUCCUACCAAAAAUUCUUCCUCCGCAUUGACAAGAAAGGAAAAGUUAAUGGCACCAAAAGUGAGGAUGAUCCGUACAGUAUGUUGGAGAUCAAGUCAGUGGAUGUGGGAGUUGUGGCCAUCAGGGGCCUCAGCAGUAACUACUACUUGGCAAUCAGCAAGAAGGGAGAGCUUUACGGAGCGAGGGACUUUGGUCCAGACUGCCGUCUGAUUGAACGCAUUGAGGAGAACAAGUACAACACCUACGCUUCAGCAGAGUGGCGCAACAAGAAGAAGCACAUGUUUGUGGGACUGAACGCCAACGGAAAGCCAAUGAGGGGGAAGAAGACACGGAGGAAAAACACUGCCACUCACUUCCUGCCCAUUGUGGUACAACCACGAUGAUUGGACAUAUCAGCCACGAGAGAGCUCUGCACGAGGCAGGGGGUCGGACAUUUUUUUGGAGUUACUGCGAUGGCUACAUUGGACAGAUCUGAAUCAGAUCUGAAUGAUGCACUGAGAAGGAAAAGAAUGGAAACCUAUGGACAUAUCUCUGUUGGAAAAAGACAUUUCUAUUUUUAAAGAAAAAAUUAAGAUAUAUUGCUAUACAAUGUAUAUAUUAUUUUCUGUUUUAAGUUAUCAAGUACAAUGGCACAGUAGAAAAUAUGAAAAGAAAUGACUUCUGUGCCAAAAUGUGAUUAGUAACUCACAUUUCUAGAUUUGUGUACAUGUGAAGCCCUUGACUGGGAAGAAAUAAAAUGACAAGAUAUGUGAGAGAAGAAAAGAAAAAGACACGAGAAGGAAGUAUUAAUAGAAAAGGGGUG